AUGUGUGUCGAGAUCAUCACCAUCGCUCAGUGCGCUCGAAGCAGCGCUUCUGACGAGUACUCCUCCUGUGGAAAGCUUCACCUGAUUGGCAAAGAACACGUCGUCUGCAAGGAGGCCCAUGGCGACUGCAUCUGCUGCUUUGGCACUUGCGGUAAAAUCAUUCCUGAGGUUCCCACUGGCAUCGCUCUCUCGGAGAUUUCUCAGGCUCCGUGCCUCGCCUGUGCGGGAGGCCAACUGAAGAACUACAAGGUUCUCGAGUCUAUCCUACUCGAUGGUAAUGGAAUCCAUGAUGAGAACUGGGACCUGAAUCUCAAGGCUCUCCAGGCCGUUUGGCACCAGAAGUGUGCUUGCCCUCGUGGAAUCAAGGCCUCUACUCCCAAGGACGACGCCACUGUCAACGAGCCCGCCAAGGAGCAUGCUUCGGGUCAUGUCGACACCAAGUCUGUCGUUGAUUCAGCUGCUGCUGAAGCCUCCUUCACUGAGGUAGCCACCGACAAGCAGGGCCCUGGCCAGUCUGCUACUACUGAUGCCCCUGGGCACGUUGAAGCGGAUCCUGCUCCCGCCGCCGACCCUUGGACUGGUGCUCCCGUCGACACUGACCCUGUCAUCACUGGCAAGGAUGAUAUGGCCACUGCUGUCGCCAACGAUAAUGAUGGCGACACUUCCAUCAAGGCUGGUUCCGACGCCGGCAAUGUUGUUCAGGGUAGCCUCGAUGGCGAGGCUGUCGCUGAGGCAAGCCGUGACGCUCCCAAGUCCACCGAUGGGGCCACUCCCGUCAGUCGCCGCGCUGUUAACUUUGCUUUCAGCGCUGAGACAGCUGAUAAGCUGCGCGAUACCACCGAGAAGUUUGCCGCGCUGAAGACCAGCUUCCUCAUGGGAAAGCCUAUUUGA